AUGCCGGCCCGUGGCGUUGGUUUCGUUGGCGCUUUUGGCAUCUUUGCUUUGACUCCUGGGCGUUGCCAGGAUGUCCAGCAAAGCGAGCGCCUGCAAGCGUUGCUCUCCGAGCUUGAUGAGCCGUGGCCUCUGCGGGAGCAAGCGCUGGGCGAUGCUGGAACCUAUGGUGAGCUGAGGGCUGCUGGUGUGGCAGCGAUGCUGGACUUCUUCGCCUCGUUUACCCCCCUUGCGCCUGACGAUGUCUUUGUCGACCUGGGCUCUGGUCGUGGCCGCGUCGCAGCACAGGUGGUGUUGCAGAGCCCGGCCCACGCAGUUGGCAUCGAGCUCUCACUGCCCCGUGCUGCUGCAGCUUCGAGACUGCAAGGGGCUCUUCAGCGUCGCGAUGAAGAGAGCUCAUCCCGGCUGACGUUGCUCCAAGGAAACUUCCGGGAGAUGAAGACUUGGUCCAGCGCUACGCUGGUCUAUGUCAAUUCUGCAGCCUUCCCUGCGAAGCUCCUUUUCGAGCUGAGAGCUGCAUUUCAGCAGCUGCAACCCGGCUCCCUGGUGCUCACCGUGCGUCGUCUUCCAGGCUGCACCCGCGGCUUGUGGCCUUUGGGUGCUAUCUCGUUGCCCUUCAGUUGGUCCCGAGAUGUGGCUAUGAACGCCUACAUGGUCGCGCCGCGGCCUGGUGCCUUUCAUGAGCAGAUGCCAUGGCUGGUCGACAUGGACAUGACUGGCGAAGUGAAGCAGUCCCGAUUGGCCACAGGGAGCAGCUCGGCCUCGCGGCGUCUCCAAGCGGCCAUGGACAAGUCGGGUGCUUCGCCGGAGUCCUGGCUGCGCUCCUGGCUGGACGGCCCGGCAGAGGUUCAGGACUCCGUUCAUGCACCGCCAUCGGCUACGCGGUGUAGCUGGAGAGAGUUUCAUGCUCAGCAUGAAAGGCAUCGCCGUGGUGCCCUGCCAACAGCCUUGCCAGGGUCAGCCUUUGCCACAGCGCUCGGCGAUCUUGCAUUGACGGACUCAAGCGGCUUCACUUUAUUGCAUCAUGCGGCUGUCGCUGCUGCCCCGGCUGCACUGGCAGCACUACUCUCCGCACGACGUGAUGACUAUGCCAGGCAGCCACAGCUCGUGAAU